AUUCAACAUUUCUUUGAAAUGAGAAAUAGCUUUCAGCUAAUACUCUUAGUUUUAACUAUUAGCUAUUCAAAUUCGAUGUUAUUUAAUGAUGUGGAGAUGGACAAACCAUCCUACCUGUCAUCCAAAGAAGCAUGGAAAAUGCUAAAUGAGCUGCUGAAAGAGCCGAAACAUCAUCAUCAUCAUCACAGGCACAAAGGAUAUUGUGGAGUUAAAGCUGUAAAGAAAUUAAAACAAAUCUGUCCAGAUCUUUGCUCGAAUGUUGAUGAUAACCUUCUCAUGGAAAUGUGCUCAAAAAACCUGACGGAUGAUGAUAUUUUGCAACGGUGCUGUCCAGAAUGAACCAAUGUUCUGUAUUUACCAUUUUUCUCGUGCUAUCUACCUCAAUCUAUAAACUUUCAAAAUUCUUCAAAUAAAUGUAUAAAUACAGAA